ACAUUUCCCCAUCGAGACGACGCUUCUGCGGCAAACAGAUGAAACACGAGAUGCCAAAUGUGUUCGGUGGGUGUUUUAGAGGCGGUGAUGGUCGGGUGAAGAAUGAGGACGCCUGAUUUGAUUUCUGUCACAUCUGAUGAACGCGUUUUUCAUUCUCAGCGCCUGUUAUUGUUUGCAUGUUUGGCCUCGUUUAUUAACUCCCAACUAAACGAGAUUUAGGGGGGAGAUCAGAUAACCAUUUUUAAAUAGCGCAAAGCGGAAGAACUGUGCGAUUCUUCGCCGCGAGCGUCAACUGCAGGAGCAGAAAUGUGAAAUUUUUCUCUCGCGCAUUCAACCAUAUCGGAUGCUUUAAUCGAUAAAGGGUCCAUCUCUUAGACCAUAAUUUUCAAGGCAACUAACACUGAAUAUAUCUUAUACUAAGAUGUCAUUAUUUCAUGCCGUGUUCCUGCUGCUCACUGGCCUGGGUGUGAGUUUGUCUCAAGAUGAGAAGCCGACGGUCCCAUUUGGCUGCAGAUUUGGACCUCCACGACCAUACACUCUCUUAUGUGACCUGGAGGCUAUAUGGGGCGUGGUGGUGGAGGUCGUAGCAGCGGCCGGUGUGUUAGCUGCCAUUUUACUUUUGAUAGUGUUACUGUGUCGCCUGCACUCAGUGACUGAGGCACCAAAGCGAAGUGGCAUCGGUCCGAUUCUCUUACUGUUAAUGGGCAUUAUUGGGCUGUUUGGGCUUAGCUUUGCAUACCUUAUUGAGCAUAAUGAAAGCAUUUGUGUGGUGCGACGCGCCCUAUGGGGUUUGUUUUUCUCACUCUGCUUUGCCUGCAUGUUAACACAGGGCUUGAGGCUGCGCAGGCUUGCAUGUGAGUCUCGUAGCCCAGGCGGGUGUGCCCUCGUUGGACUAGUGCUAGGGUUAACAGCAGUACAAGGUAUUGUUGCUGCAGAGUGGCUUCUUCUAACAGUGCUGCGGGAGGGUAACCCGGCUUGUGAGUAUCAGGCACUGGACUUUGCACUCGCUUGUGCCUAUGUGGCAGCACUUCUGCUGACUGCCCUAGUAACUGCAACAUUAGCACUGUGUGGGAAGGCACGACAAUGGCACUGUAAUGUUGUGUGGCUUCUAGUCUCCUGCUUGCUGUCCAUUCUCCUGUGGGUGGCUUGGGUUGGUUUCUACGUCUAUGGAAACAAAGUACUUGACAAGUCUCCGGACUGGGAUGAUCCAGCAUUGGCUGUUGCCCUGAUAGCACAGGGUUGGUUGUUAUUGCUGUGCCAUGCUGCUCCUGAAGCCCAUGCCUGUCUUCGAUCACCACAUCAGCCUUCAGCUCCAGACUAUUUUGACACAUCUCAGAAUUCAUCACGCAUGAGAGAGGCCAGCCUUGAUGAGGACAUCCCACUUUCACACAGGCAGUUUGUGGAGAACCAGGGAUACGCGUUUGAUGAAAAUGCUGCAGGGUUGAGAAGUGGUAGCCAUCAUAAUGGCAACACAGGGGCCAGACCCAGUGCACCCUUCAGAAGUAACGUCUACCAACCGACUGAGAUGACCAUGAUACUAAAUGGAGGAGCAGUUCCAUCCGCACCUCCCACAUACACAGGAAGACAGCUUUGGUAAAGGAGGAGAAGGGUGAAUGGAAAAGUGGUGUACAAUCUCUGAAGUGAAUGCGGACUUACAGUUAGGAACAACAUUAAAAGCCGCCAGUCUCACGGUGGUGUGUGUGUGAGCAGUUUGACAAGCAUGAUAGAAGGAUGUUAACACUGGACAACUCUUUGCACCAUCAAUAGCUGUAGUGAUUUUGAGUUAGUGUACUGGUAAAAAAUAUUGAUGCGGUUUCACAGAUUUCUCCAUUAAAACAGCUUUUCACUCGCACAGUAUUUUAAUUUGAUCAUUGUUCUUGCUCUGGCUUCAGAUUCACCCUGAAGUCAUAUCGUAUGUUACAUGAAGAAGUUACUGUAUUGCAGUUGUGAUUGUGCAGUAAAACUUGGACGUUUUAUCAUUCUGUGAAAACUGGAUACAGUACUUCGGUUUCUCUGGUCAGACAACUCACGAAAUAAAAAAAAACUCUGUGUAGGAAUGACUGGCGUGCAACUGUAGCACCAAUCCCCAUGCAACAUGCUGUGACAAAUC